AUGUCUACCCACACAACUGUGGACAUUGACCCACCAAUUCUUGUUCAUCCCCUCGGUGGAAUCGUUGACAUUGAAAAUGACGAUGACCCAGAAGACGACGACGAACCGUUGACAUCUGAUGACGACGACAGUAAUGAUGAUGACAGUUGUGUCUAUACUUAUUUGAAUCAAUUUGAAAUAGGUACCAUGUCUCAUCGUAGAGGAUUGUUGGGGUUUGGUAGUCGGUCUUCUGGGCCUGAGCAGGAGCGACAGUCCUCCUCAGGCUCUGGGCCAUACAUUUCUGCGAUUCCAGAGUCUGGUUCCACUCCACAGACCGCUGCUGCAUCUGGGUCUAGAAGGCCCAAAGGCCGAUCAGUGGCUUCGAUUAGGGCCGAUUGCGCUAGGCGCGAUGGGAGGAUCCUCUUUCAGAGGAAUACUGAUGGUCAGUUGAUCGAGCCCCCGAGGAUCUCCACCAAUUGCACGAACUCGUUUAAGAGGAUUCCGAACCCAGGCGGGUACACGUGGAAGUUAACUCCGCCAACAGUGCAGGACUUGUAUUUUGAGGAAUUCAAGAAAGAGUUUGCUUGGAACCCUGAUGAUGAGGCUGAUGUGAAAAAAAUGUGGUUAAAAAAUGCCCGCAAAAGGUACAGUGACAACAUGAGCGAGUAUAAGAGACAGCUCAAGGAGAAGACCGAGGCAGGGGAGAUGAUGGAGACACCGCUGGGCAUGUCCGACACCUUUUGGACGGGACUCAAGGCAUACUGGGGUCUAGAUGAGGUUAAGGCCGUUUCCAGGCGCACACGUGAGAACCGAUACUCUGAGCCCGAUGGAGUUGGUACAGGGAUCAACCGGCACGUUGGAGGGUUUCAGUCGAGUCGUAUUCUGCAGCAGAGUCUGCUCUUGGAUGGUGAAGUCCCCCCAACUGCAUCUAACUACAGCACUUUCCUCCGCCUACACAUGCACACUGAUGGAACUUUUGUGUCAGAAAAUGAUGCCAACCUUGAUGCGGAGAUUCAUCGCGUUGCUGCUGAGACAGGACGAGAGGACCGACUCGAUGAGGUCUACUUGGAGCUCGUACGUCCCAGUAGGUCACGACUGUACGGCACUGGAAGUGCCGGUGUGAGCCAGUUUAGUAGGGGCUCUACUAGCAGUACAGGCUCUUCCGAGAUGUCUCAGCGGAUGUAUGAGACUCGGAUCUCCACACUGGAGGAGCGCCUCCAAAGGGCUGAGGAGGAUAGGGCGGCCUAA